AUGGCCGCCACCGCCGCUCCUCCUCCUCUCUCCUCGGAUCUGGCCUCCUUGUCGACCUUUCCCUUUCUCACCCCCGACGAAUUCCAGGGGGCUUGUCGCGCCUUUCUUCAUCGCGUUCAUGUGGUGGGGCUGGCAAAGGUGGGAUGGCUUUCUAUUCAGUUACAGGCAACUGGUCCGAUUCUCAAGAUAUCCCAAAGCCUGGGCGGUUCCCGCACUUCUCCCGAGGAUGAUUCUGUGAUUGCAUUCAUGGAUGCCGAGGACUCGCAAUUCGAGGCUUACGAGGCUUACGAAGAAGAUCCCUCGUCUAACAUUUACACACAGGAAGCCCUGGUUCAUACUUCGAACACGUGUGAGACUCUACAAGUAGAUUAUGACGUUCUCCUCUCCCCAACAUACCAGGUCCCCGUCUUGUAUUUCAUCUUACGGCAGGUGGGAUACCCCAAGCCAUUGGGGAUAGACGAGGUCUACCGUUAUCUGGUCCCCGACCAAUAUAGAAAGGAAAUUCAAAGCGUGGGUAUCAUGGGUGGUAUUAGCUUCGGUUAUCAUCCAAUAUCGGGAACACCAGCAUUUUUUGUUCAUCCCUGCAACACUGCGGACGCUAUGAGGCAUAUCGCGGAUCGACAUAGCAUCAGUCCCGAGGCCUACCUCAUUAUGUGGCUCGGACUGGUGGGUAAUUGCCUUCGACUCCAUCUGCCGAGCGAGCUCUUCGCGGCAGAGGAUAUCUCACAGCCUGAGGGAAUACGUGACCGGGGAUUGGAACAAACGCGGCGAUGA